GGUGUGGUCGGUGCCCCUCGGUGUGGUCGGUGCCCCUCGGUGUGGCGCGCAGAGGGUUAGGUGUCCCCCCCAUCUGCAGAUGUUCCCUUCAGCUGGCAGUCACGUGGUGUGAGGGUCCUGGAGGAGGAGGACUCAGGUGCCCGGGCGUGCGCUGUGUCAGUCUCCGGAGCUGCCGCUCCUGUCCCGGCUCAUAUCUCCUCCAUAGAGCCGUGAGGAGAGGAUGUGCCCGGAGCUGUGAGGGCACAGGAGGCGGCACAUGGCACCUGACGCCCGGGGAGGGCAGGCUUGGGAAAAGUUGCCUGGAUGAAGCCCAGCCAGUCCCGGAGCCGGCAUUCCUCUGGGAAUGAGUUUACAAUCCGAUACCAUAUCCUUAACGGGACCGGGACAUCAGCAGAUGGUCCGGGAGCAAUACACCACAAGCACAGAAGGAACAAGCAUAGAGCGCCCGGAGAGGCAAUAUGUCUACAAUAUCGGGAUUUAUGGAUGGAGGAAGCGCUGCCUUUAUUUGUUUGUUCUUCUUCUCCUUAUCAUCUUAGUAGUGAAUUUUGCUCUAACUAUUUGGAUUCUUAAGGUCAUGUGGUUCUCACCGUCUGGAAUGGGACACUUACGUGUUACAAGUGAGGGUCUACGUCUUGAGGGGGAAUCGGAGUUCCUUUAUCCAUUGUAUGCCAAAGAAAUUCGGUCAAGGCUGGACAAUUCUCUGCACUUGCAGUCUUCUCAAAAUGUGACCGUAAACGCAAGAAACUCAGAGGGACAGAUCACAGGCAGACUGACAGUGGGUCCCGGGCUGGUAGAAACCUUUGGUCAACAGUUCCAGAUACAUUCUGAUAAAGGAAAAAUGCUGUUUUCCGUGGAUGAAAAAGAAGUUCUAGUUGGAACAGACAAGCUGAGAGUCACAGGACCUGAAGGAGCUUUGUUCGAACAUUCUGUGGAGACCCCUCUAGUUAGAGCCGACUCUUCCAAACAACUCAGACUGGAGUCACCAACUCGAUCCUUGAGCAUGGACGCCCCAAAAGGAGUUUACAUCAAGGCUCAGACUGGAGAAAUUGAGGCCAUUUCACGGAGAGAUAUUAAAUUACAGAGCAACGAUGGAACGGUAGUGCUGGAUGCAGAAAAAAUAUUUCUACCCAAACUGCCUCAAGGUACAAAGACCAACUCAGCCGACAGCUCUCAGGAACUCUAUGAAAUAUGCGUCUGUCCAGAUGGAAAACUGUAUGUGUCGGUAGCUGCAUCAAAAUCCACAUGCCGGGAAUACAGCCGAGACUGUCAAUGAGGGACUUUUCAGACCCGCGGAUAGUAGUCAUGCAUUUUAUAUCAACUGGUGACUUUCUGCUGUUUGUUUGAAAGGAUUUAGAUACUAAAAUCACAAAACGCGUUGGGGUGCAAAUUUGUAUUUCACAACACAACUUGAACACGAAUAUUACAGUAUUUUUUUAAGCCGGUGUAAAACAGCAACUUCGACUUGGAAGCGAUUCGUCCUCGGUUAGUCUUUGGCUAGAAAGAGAGAAUUAUGGGCCGGAGUUUUACGGAGUAGCGGCCACCUAAUAAAAUGAGAAUUUUGUGGAGUCGCUGAGCUGUGCCGCGGUUGUUGAGCCGAGUAAUUAAUUGAACGCCGUUCUAACUUUUUCCUCCAAGUUCAAGUCCAUUUCUGCUUAUAGUAUGCAUUAUUCUAUUCAUUUCAUCUCAAUGACCUGUUUCCAAUAUCUGAAAAAAUGACUUGGUACCAGCAAUAUACUAUGCAACCUGUACUGCAAUAAUAUAUCUCCUAUGGUCUGCUGUUUUUAUUGUGUGCUAUAUCGGGUUGUCAUUUUUCUAUUUGUGAUCUUUAAGUCCUUUAAUUGGCAUUUAAAGAGACAGGUAACAGGCUGGUAAGACAAUAAAUACA